GCAUGCUAUCGGCUCAGCCCUGGUUCGUUUAUCGUAGGUUCUGUCACCGCAUUGACUUUGAUUAAUUCGAAAUUGUGGAAUUCAGAGAAGUGAAGGAACUUGAACUGCUUAGUCAUGGAUACCCCACCCAAUCCCAAAAAGUUGGACGCCGAGGAUAGCCUGGAUCAGGCUACCGACAACAUCGAAGAAUUAAACGAGACCAAUCUCAAUAUGCAUAACGAGCUGGAGGAGCAAAAGGACCCGGAGGAGAAGAUUUCGGUACUUAAAAUGCGGAUGAGGCAGGUGAAUGAAAAGCUCGAGGAGAAUUUGGCCAAACAGGAGGCGGUACAGGCGAAACUGCGCAAUGUGCUGGAGAAGAUGAAGGAUUGUAAAGAUUUUGAGGAGGGUCAAUAAUUAAUGUACCGGAGGCGUGCUUUUGGCGUUAAUUUUGAUUUCAUUUAUAAAUACAUAUGUAAAAUAUAGGUAUCACACGCUU